AUGGCUGACACAGAAGUUAAAGUCCGUGGCCGUGGGCGACCGCGCAAAUACCCACCAGGCCAAUCUCCAUCGGAGAUUUUGCGCACAGCACGCGAAAACGGAGAGCGCAGACCACGCGGAAGACCGCGCAAAAACGGGUCUGUUAGUGGCAACGGGGGGUCGCCAAUAGCUAUUGCAGCUCGUCUUAACAAUAAACUUGAUGGUUCUAUUUCUACUGAUGGUACCAUAAAUAACCUGUUGUCUUCUUCAACUUCUUCUAAUGGGGUAAAUACUGGAACACCUGCAGCAAGUAAGCGCGGAAGAAAAAAAAUAAAGCACCUUCAUGAAGAAAAUAACGUGCAAAUGCUGCCCUUGUCAGUAAUGCCUGUUUCUGCAAUGUCGACAACCUAUAAUCAAGAUGAUAGCGACGGUGAUUCUGACGAUGAAGACGAUGAUGAAGAGGAUGACGAUAACAAUAAUAAUGGAAUUGGACUUGCAGCAAACCAAUCAGCUCUAAGAAACAAUCAAUCUGAAAACGCGCCAUCACCACUAUUAGUCAACCAACAACAACAACAAGGACUAACGGCCCAAGGUCAGGUGAAACGCGGACGCGGGCGGCCGCGAGGAUCCCUAGGGUCUACUUCCCGUGGCGGGUCUGCUCCAAGUGGCCGUGGCCGUGGACGUCCGCGUAAGAGUUGA